AUGAAACAAUGUUGGGAUGCUGAUCCAUCAAAAAGACUUGAUACUGAAACACUAUAUUCAAAAUUAAAAGAAAUUUAUCAUAAUAUAUCAAAUGAAACACUUCAACAAGAAACAAAUAUUAACUUAGAAAUGAAUGAAGCAAACAAAUCAAUAACAGGUAGCAAAUUAUUUACAAGUAACAUUCAUCAAUUUACAAAUUUACCUGAACCAAGAAAUGCAACAGAAGAGGAGCAAGAAGCAUUUCAUAGUAAUAAUUCAUAUGACCAUUUUAAUAUUCCUGAUAAUAUCGAUGAUUUUAAUAGUUCAAGUAAUCAAAAUUAUGGUAGCACAUCCAAAGCAAGUAGUGUUUUAAAAGGUGAUAGUGAAGAAUUAUCUAAAUCAUUUGAUGAAUUACAAAUAAACUCAAACGAAGAUAAUCAAAUUAAUUAUGAAAAAGAAAUAGUAGAACAACAACAAAUAAAGAAUGUCAACAUUGAUGAUAAGGAUGAAAUCCAUGAUGAUAAAAAUUUUCAUUCAGAGGAACAAAAUAAAUUUGAAAUUUCAUAUGGCAAGUGUUUUCAUAUUACCAUUUGUGCUUUACAUACAGUACGUGUAUUUAUUUAA